AUGCAAAUAUUCGUGAAAACUCUCACUGGCAAGACCAUAACUCUCGAGGUCGAGAGCUCUGACACCAUCGACAAUGUUAAGGCAAAGAUCCAGGACAAGGAAGGAAUUCCUCCGGAUCAGCAAAGACUUAUCUUCGCCGGUAAGCAGCUAGAAGACGGAAGGACUCUUGCUGAUUACAAUAUCCAGAAGGAAUCUACUUUGCACUUGGUUCUCCGAUUGAGAGGAGGUAUGCAGAUCUUUGUCAAGACUUUGACCGGCAAGACCAUUACCCUCGAAGUCGAAAGCUCCGAUACUAUUGACAACGUCAAGGCUAAAAUCCAGGACAAGGAAGGUAUUCCUCCGGAUCAGCAGAGGCUCAUCUUUGCCGGUAAGCAGCUUGAAGACGGAAGGACUCUAGCCGACUACAACAUACAGAAGGAAUCUACUCUUCACCUUGUCCUGCGUCUUCGUGGUGGUAUGCAGAUCUUUGUCAAGACCCUCACCGGUAAAACCAUUACUCUUGAGGUGGAGAGCUCAGACACUAUUGACAACGUCAAGGCAAAGAUCCAGGAUAAGGAGGGAAUUCCUCCGGACCAGCAAAGACUCAUCUUCGCCGGUAAGCAGCUUGAGGACGGAAGGACUCUUGCUGAUUACAAUAUUCAGAAGGAGUCAACCCUCCACUUGGUGCUUCGUCUCAGAGGUGGUAUGCAGAUCUUUGUGAAGACCCUCACUGGAAAGACCAUUACUCUUGAGGUUGAGAGCUCAGACACUAUCGAUAAUGUCAAGGCUAAGAUCCAGGACAAAGAGGGAAUCCCACCGGAUCAGCAGAGGCUUAUCUUUGCCGGUAAGCAGCUAGAGGAUGGACGCACACUCGCUGACUACAACAUCCAGAAGGAGUCUACACUCCAUCUUGUGCUUCGUCUUCGUGGUGGUAUGCAGAUCUUUGUGAAGACACUUACCGGAAAGACCAUUACUCUUGAGGUGGAGAGUUCAGACACAAUCGAUAACGUCAAGGCAAAAAUUCAGGACAAAGAAGGGAUCCCACCGGACCAGCAGAGACUUAUCUUUGCCGGUAAGCAGCUCGAAGAUGGAAGGACACUCGCUGAUUACAAUAUCCAGAAGGAAUCAACCCUUCACCUUGUGUUGCGUCUUCGUGGUGGUAUGCAAAUCUUUGUGAAGACUUUGACAGGAAAGACUAUUACCUUGGAGGUUGAGAGUUCAGACACAAUUGACAAUGUGAAGGCUAAGAUUCAGGACAAGGAAGGGAUCCCUCCGGACCAACAGAGACUCAUCUUCGCUGGUAAACAGCUUGAGGAUGGUCGGACUCUUGCGGAUUACAAUAUCCAGAAGGAAUCGACCCUUCAUUUGGUUCUGCGUCUUCGUGGUGGAAGCUUCUGA